UCAAAAUGGCGAUGAUACAGCGAAGCGGUGCAGUGCAUUAACGCGAUGUUGUUUCUUCUAAUUUUUUAAAUUAAAACUGUUUUUCAAUUCAUACUGGUGAAUAGGACUGUGAUAAUGGAAUUUGACGAAAUUGUUGUGAAGGAAAGCCCGGGGCUUUGCCGGUGCUGUCUCUCCGAGGGAUGUUACAAAGACUUGGGGACCGAGUACACUUGGAUGAACGAAAACGAAGUUUAUGCCGAUAUGCUGCUUGAAUGCUUUGAUAUUAGUAUAUCCCAACACAAUGAAGGCCCCAACGGCCCCAGCCGGCUUAUCUGCGAAGUGUGCAUCACACGACUGCGCGACGCCUGCAACUUCAAGAAGCAGGUCCUGGACUCGGAGAAGAAGUUCGUGGAUAUGAUCGGCAGGGGAGAUUUUAGGCCUAAAGUGAUGAUCUACCAGUCGCAAAUGAAGGCGGAGGCCAGCGAGGAGACCCCGACCGAGGACACAGAAGUGGAAUACUUAGAUGAAAUGGACUUCGGAGAUGCAGACGACGAGCCUCUAAAGAACGAAGCCUCCGGCUCAGAUAUAGCCGUGGAGGCUCUGCCCCUGCCCAAGCGUGGGCGCCCACCGAAGGCGAGAAAAGCCGUGAAAGGAGAAAAGAAGAAGACCAAAGCCGAAGACAGGCCGAAGGCUUCCAAGACCAUCGUCAAAGGUGAAAUCGCGCGCCCUAACGGAUGGUGCGCCUCUGAGCGCCGGCGGAAUAACUUGAGAAUACUAUUCAACUACACCACAGUGUUGCCUUUUAAGUGGAGACGCCGAUUCCAAUGCUUCUACUGCAACAAAAACUAUGCAGAGUACGAUGGCUUCAAAAAACACACCAAAUCUCACGGCCCGUGUAGCACCAAUGAUAACGCAUUGAGACUCAUCAGAGGGGCGCACAUUGAAAUUAAGAUUGACGUGUCAGAAGUAACGUGUGAAAUAUGCAACGAACCUUUCGCAGACUGGCAGGAAAUCGUCGAUCAUUUAAUCUUUAAACACAAAAUGGAAUUCGAUAAAACUGUAGAAAUACCCAUCCAGGCUUACAGGUUAGCCGAUUUGAAGUGCUUGUUCUGUGAAGAGAGUUUCACGUAUUUCGGCUAUUUGAUUACCCAUGUAAACGUGGCACAUCCUCAGAAUUGCUACAUUUGUGACGAUUGUGGGGUGAAGUUCAAUAAAAAACGAGAUUUAGCCGUCCACUUUCGGUCGUACCAUCGCAAAGGGGGAUAUCCUUGUGACCAAUGUCCACUGGUGUUCGAGAAUUUUUGCACUCGACGUACGCACCGAAACAACGUUCACUUUAGGAAGUGUUCAUGCUGCAGCCUAAGGUUCACUACACUAAGUUUGUUAAAGAAACAUAUAUCUGCGGCACACCCUAACACUGGUAGUCUAACUUGCGAGUACUGUGCCAAAUUGUGCCAAUCGCUGCAAGGCUUGCGACUGCACAAAAGCAAGUGCCGAGUCAGACUGUUAUCUACCACUAACGACACGGUAGACAGCUCUGUAUCUACCGAGCCAAAAAAGAAGCAAAACAUACAACAAAUUCGUCAGAACAUACACUGCAUUUUGAACAUGUCCACGGCUAUACCUUUUAAAUUCUUCUCUUCGUUCUCCUGCUUUUAUUGCUCCAAGAAGUUCGUAGAAUUCGACGAUCUUAAACAGCAUACGGAAACGGAACAUCCUAUCUGCGACCUCAAAUCGAAAUCUAUAAAGAAUUGCAAGGGGCAAAGGGUAUGUGUUAAAGUAAAUAUAGCAUCUCUCCAAUGUAAGCUCUGCUGUCAACCAAUGGAAAAUUUGGACGUCCUGAUUGAUCAUUUAAUAUUGGAACACAGUGCCACUUACGACAAGUCCGUCGUAGGUUGUUUAGAGCCGUUCCAGAUAAUCAAAGACAACAUACCCUGCCCACAAUGCCCGGACCGCACUUUUAGAUAUUUUGGGAUCUUGCAACGGCAUAUGAAUUCGGAUCACAGCAACAACAACAAAAUUUGCGACUUCUGCGGUCGUACCUUCAAGAACGUCAUCAAUUUAAAAGUCCACAUAUCCCAUUCACACUCCGGCAGCGCCGAAUGUAAUACUUGUGGGGUGAAGUUCAAAAACCAGUGGUGUCUCGCAAGGCACCGUGCUAAGUCGCACGAUGUUAAAAAUUACAAAUGCCCCAAGUGCCCCGAAUUCUUUAAAUCCCAAUACGACAAGCAAAAGCAUUUGAUAAAAGUUCACGAUACCGGUCACAAGUGUGAGCAUUGUGGGAAGAUGUUCACGAGGAAUUCGUUUAUGAAAGACCACAUAAGAAGGACGCAUUUGAAAGAGAAGAACGUGCCGUGCACUUUGUGUGGUGAGAAAUUUUUCGAUAACUAUCUUCUGAGGUUGCACAAGGUGAAACACGACGGGGAAAGGAAAUUUACCUGUAGCUUUUGUGGGAAAGCCUUUUAUAGAAAGAGCAAUCUGCACACGCAUACGGAAAUGCAUAACAAAUACGGGCACGCGAUUGGGCUGUUACAGGACAUUAAAAAAUAGCGCUGUAGGGCUACUCUGAAACGCUGUUUACUUAGCUUCAAGUCUAUCCGUCACCGUCUCAUGUCAUCUCGCUUUGCGUGAGAGGGAUGGCAACAUUCGAAACUGAUCACGUUUUUCGGAGUAACCUCCCUGCCCAUCGAUAGUCGAAUAUUACAGAGGUAUACAUCAUAACUGAGUAGGUUACGUGUGACGUAACGGAGCUGUCACAGUAGUGUCUCUGAAAUAAUACUAUAGUCUAUCCAAUAUAGCUUGAUUAGAAUGACAGCUGUCAUCAAAAGUAACGACAUAACUUUGUAGUAGCGAUCAAUGAGAGCAAAAUAUUGGCGGACAAGAAAUAAUUCACGUCUGACCUACAAACAAUAUUUUCGACGACAGUGCUUCCAAUAAAAAUGAUAAUUUCGUGUAAAUGCAGCGUUAAAUUACACCAAUAAGUAGUAAUUCGAAAUUAUAAAAAUCAAGCUAGAGUAUUAACGACGUCUCUACAAGGUUAUCUCGAGUUACAAAAAUGUUAAUGUUGGGACAUAUCGACAAAUGUCAUAUUAAAUUAAAACUAUUUUUUAAACAUAUUUAACAAUUUUUUUUCUAACUCAUUUUUUAACAUAUUUAAGUCAAGUUAUGCGUUUUUCUAAAUGUUCACUAUUAAAAACCAAAAAACAUUUCAUUCUUAAAUAAUCAAACAUCGGAAAUCAAUCACCGGUAAUUUUUUGGGUAUUUAUAGCACCGUUGCUCUAGAAGAGAUGCCCACCGCCCUCUAGCGAGAGGAAAAAACCACUGAAGAACACUGAUGAUAAUGACUACGACUUAGGUUGUACACCCUUGACAUGAAUUUUAAAUUUUACUGUCUUUAAAUUUAAAUCAUAAUUGUCAUUUUUAUGAAUAAAGAUAUAUGAAGAAAAAUUGGGUGCAUUUUUUCAUAUCAUUUUUUCGAAAACUUAUCGAUACAUCUAUGUGAACCGUACGAAACAUACCCAUCACUAG